AUGCUCGCAACCAACACUGAUUGCAGAAAUAAACAGCUUCCCUCAUACGCCGGCAACUUAGUGUUUGUGUUACCGGUCAAAAAUGAAACACCCAUCACUUACACGAUUAGGAUCACACUUUACCAGAAGGCAACAGAGUAUGAAGGUGAAUUUAACACAAUACGCCAUUAAUAAUUAGGACCUUGACAUUUUUAACUGAUAAUGACGACACUUAAAUUAAUGGUAAUUUAAUUAAUAACUUUAUACUAAGCGAGCGCAAUUCAAGGGCCGCACCGAGGAAUAUUGGCCCAUGAUUGUGGCAGUAGUUUAUUAUAUGGCAAGUAGACUAAACUUGUUUUUUUGUUUUGUUUUUUUUUUAAUUUGCCGGCUUUCGAGAAGAAAAAUCGGGGUUUAUGACCCUUUCCGUGGAAAUGGUCCGUAUGACAAAAUCCUGACCAAAAAGAACAAGGGAAUAUAAAAAGUCUAUUUUCUCUUGGUAAGAACCAGUCUCAACUCUCAGAACUCAAGAUUACCUAUGAUCAUAAUAACCAUUUUCAGAACUUGUUAUGGUGAUUAACUUUGCACUAUUCGUGAGGGAUUUUUCGUUCACUGUGUUAUAUAUAUAUAUAUAUAUAUAUAUAUAUAUAUAUAUAUAUAUAUAUAUAUAUAUAUAUAUAUAUAUAUAUAUAUAUUCAUUCAGAUAUAGAGUUGGACAUGAAGCAAUUGACUGUCAAGUCACAUGAAAGAAACACGAAUCUACGGGAUUAUCAAAGUGGAAGAACUGUAACGGAAGUAGAGAAGCCUUUACCAAGAAUUAAAAUGUCAGGUAUAUAAUACAAACGUUUAUAGUUACUUCGGCUUUAGCUCUGAAUUACGUAAAAUUUCAGUUAACACAAUUAAAUUUGUAAACUUCAUGUUUUUUUUGUUUGUUUGUUUGUUUCUUCUUUUUAUUUGACUAAGACAGUUCAGUUGUUUAAACGUAAUUCUAGCUCAAGUACACCGUUAUUUUGAAGAGUUCUAUAUCCGACCCCGUUAGGACUUGGCCGGAUGUAGUUGACAACUUUGGAAUCUCAACUGGAAAUUUUUCUUUCAAUCAUCAGUGUAGCGACAGCAAUGCUUAAAUGGAGUCUUCAACAGGCGCUCACUAUGGUCUUAUUGAAACUGAGAUAAGAAAUAGGCGAAAUAUUCGGGUAUUCGUGUGAACACCGUUUCCUAAAACUCUCCCGGUCACAUAUCUUGUUAAAAGUAAAAUUUUGUACGUGAUUCACCGUGUUCCGUAUCAAAUCACGUGUCUUGAGUCUUUACGCGCUUUUCUUUCGUCUGUCGUUUGGAAUGAAGUCUAAAAAAUACCAAAAAGUGUUGACUCUCAAUCUCGCUGAAAAUUAAGUCGUGAAGUUUAAGUCUUAGGAAUAUUUUCGUUUGACACAUUUUUGAAGUAAUAAGGCGCUUUCAAUUUUUUUUUAAAUUUUAAUUAACACUACCUCGCGCCAAAUAAACACAUUUCCAAAAUGUGCAAUUUCGUCAACUUUUCGUUCACUUUUGAUUAUAGGUGUUUUGUCAAAGCAGAGUGGAAAAACCAUAGUGAUGCACUUUCAGAAACUUGGUGAUAAUGGUUUGUACUUUUCUUUUACAGCUACUAAAUACCAGUGCAAUGAAAACAUGGAAGGAAGAAUACAUUUUCUUAAGGAACAGCGAAGACAGAUUUAACUACUCAUAUAUCAAAUUGUCGUUAAAUUUAAUUCCCUUUGGUCGAUUAUAAUUUCAGGUCAAUACAAUCAGUUUCUGAUAGAUAAACAGAAGCUUACUGACCGUGUCGAUGGAAUUGUGAGGUAUCAAGACCUCUACUUAGCUGUUCGUUUGGAGGUAAGGCUUCUAGAGGCAUUACAAUGUCCUGGCGUGCAUUAAAAAGCGAGAAUGAUAUCUUCGGCUAUGCCUCCUAGGGAUCGUGAUUAAGGCAAUUGCCUUAUUCAGCUCUUCAGCAAAACCAUCAAAAUUUCUGCAAAUGCAAUUGGCGCAUUAGCUGCUUUAUUUUUGAGUACUUAUUCUGUGCAGUUGCAAUCGGACAGAGUAGUCGAGGAGUUGGCUGUAAUCGGACACCUGUAAUCGGACAGUUGAAGCAGUCAAUCAUACUAAAUCCACCUAUCACAGAAUUGAUUGCAAAUUACCAUAGCAACACUUCCUUACAAAACUGGCAAAACUCCAAAAUGGAGGAAUAUUUAAUUAAGUCAAUGUCUUUACUAAAGAUAUUUUUCCCAAGGAUUCAGAAACGAGGAACUCGGCUGACUGGUUUUCAGGUUUCAGCCAGGAGGCCAUUUCCGAUACCAAGGUCGCGGUAAAUUCAAACAAAAAAUAAAUGUGUCUGUGACAAAAAUACAGAGCAGUUAAAGGCUCCAAGUGAUGGGCUCCUGGCUUACCUCAGUCGGUUCUCUUAACUAUGCUGUUUUUUACAGUUGCGUUAUUUAUUUUUUUCCGUUGUCACCGUUACUUGAACUAUCAUUUCUUGCUACGGGGUAUUGCUAUGAAGAUGAUUAAAUUAAUCUUAUUUUUACCACCCUUAUUUUUUGGUGAAGGAAGCCAUAAUGCAGUUCGCUCAGAACAAAAUGGAUGACUGUUUAGCCAUUUGCCGAGAUGUUGCUGCACGUGCCAAUCGUUCUAACUCAGGAAAUUGGCCUUUUCUAAUGACGAAAGCAUAUUACAUCAUCUCUGCCAUACAUAGACAGGCAGAAAAUUUUGACCUUUCCGCGGAGUACAUGGAAAAUUCCACGGAGGUAAGAUAGCACUCUCUUUCACUUGACUCACGUUCAUACACAAUUGAAUGAUGGGACAUGUAUGAGAGCAGCGAUUGAUCAGCGGACUUAACCAAGCUGUAAAAACUUGACUAGGGAGAGGUCACUCAAGUGAACACACGCCUGCGCGUGUGCAAACGUUGUAAUGACAAGGUGGCGUGCUUUCAGUAUGACACUUUUUGGUAAAGCUCAAAACGGAAUGGUCAACAGGACACCUGUACUUGAAUAAGCCUUGCCUCGUGUCAAAAAGUCUCGAGUUUCCCUUUUGCCUACUUUUGUUUCCUUUUAGAGAUAUCUUUGAACAUUUCAAUUAUUUUUUGCUUAUUUUGCGAUUGUAUAUUCUAUAUAUUUUCGUUUGAAAUUCUGCGUGGGAAAUUGGAGUGUGUGAGACCCGAAUUGAUUCCCUUGUGCAUACCCAAUGUUUAACCGCUGCGUUGGUUAACAAGAGCGCAUAAUAAUAGCCUCCUGUAUUUACUUAUUUUUAAAAUCAAGGAAACCCAAACCUGUGUUGAUGAAAAUGUUACACCUUAUCUUUCCCCAAAUUUAAAGCUGGAGGUACACGAAAAAAUUAAAAAUUAUAUAUAUAUAUAUACAUAAGUUCAAGAAUUAAAGACGACGCAUCGAUUAUCUGUGACUCGCAACUAAGUGCUCGUCAGACAGAGCGCGAAACUCAGAGUUACAGAGAAUCGAUGCGUCCUCUUCAAUUCUUUAACUUAUGUAUACUUAGCUAUGCUACCACAGCAUUAAGCACUUUAUGCCAAGGUAGACUCUGCCCCCACAUUCAUAUAUGUAGAGAGUAAAAAAAUGCGAGGAUGGACAACUUCUGACGUAAAAAAGAUAAAAAAUUAAAUAAAAUCGUUUCGGUCAGAGACCUUCUUCAGUUAUUUACCAGUCAGUUACAUAUUUAGGUAAAUAACUGAAGAAGGUCUCUGACCGAAAUGUUUGUAUUAAAUUUUACGUCAGAUGUUGUCCAUCCUCGCAUUUUUUUACUCUCUACGUUCGUAUUUGCUGUGAGGUUUGGACUGCGAAUCUUUAUUUAUCCUCCUGGUGCGGUGCACCUUUGUUGGCCUGAGAGUUCUAAUAACAAUUAUAUAUAUAUAUAUAUAUAUGUCUGUAUGUAUGAUUUGGGGAUCAAACAACAUUUCCUUACCAUAACUGGCCAGGAAUCCAUCACGUGACCUGCAAGUAGCUGUCUACUAAUAAUAAUCUCUUCAUGCGUAAUGUAGUCUGAUUGUGUUUUGCUGUAAAUGAUAUCGAUGUUCUACUCAUGCGUUAAUGUGUGCACUCUCAUCCUUAAGAAUUGGCCGGGUUCCCUCCCUUUUUUCAGAUGGUAAUUUCUGUAAGUAAUCAGAAAAAAAGAACGUAAACUAUUUCCUAGCUUCUUCGGCUCUUGUCUUCACGCCAGCUCUUCUCCCUCUCUUUGGAUAGCCUACGACCAUCGUAAAGGGGAAAGAGUGAGUCACUUCGUUAGAAAAGAAUCCGUGAAGAGAUGUAACUCCGCUCCGUUGACUCUGCGAGGGUUGUGAUGCUUGAGCGGUUCCAAGGAUUGCGAUGAAAAUAACUCCAAAAUGGAGCUCAAAACGGACUACAUACGAACAGAAAGGGCGCAAAUCAGUAUGAAAUAAUAUUUCUAACGAGAGAAAUGAGUAAUGAGAGUAACGAGAGUAAUGAGAGUAAUGAGAGUAAUGAGAGUAAUGAGAAUAAUGAGAAUAAUGAGAAUAAUGAGAGUAAUGAGAGUAAUGAGAGUAAUGAGUAAUGAGUUAAGUCUAUCUAACUAUACUUAUUCUAAUGAAGAUAUGUUUCAUCUAUUCGUUUGAAUCAUUUCAUGGCCAGUGCCUUGAAGUUGCUUGCGUGAGUGAAGAGACCGCUGUCAACAAGUACAACAAAGCAGCGUUGAUACAAGCCAAAUCAGCUGCCAUUGGAAUAACAUCAGAAGAAGAUCGAGAAAUCGAAGAAAUUUUCGAGGAUGUUAAGAUAAUCUGGGCACAACAGGAGCAGAACGAUAGCAUGCGCUGCAUCAAUAGGAUGAGCAUCAGGAUGAUCUACCACUAUUUAAGUUCCUCCCGCCAAAAGUUCCCAGAUCCAAGGUAACGAGUUGCGAUAAACAAAUCAAAGAAUACUCAUGGCCAACUCGUGCACAAAAUACUUAAACUAUAGAUGAAACAUGGUUGUGAACUUGUAAUUACUGGUCUUGCAGCAAUGCAAGGUUGCUCCUACCUCCAUAGACAAUAUUCCAGAAAAACAAAAUUAUCCAUUUCACUCUUCAGAAUAUUUAAAUGUUACGAAAAGUAUCCUGCGUUUAUCGAAUUUCUGUUUUCAAAAUCACCUCAAAUUUAGACGCUGUGAUCCAAAUCCUUCUUCACCUGCACAAGCCAAAUUCUCAUAUUUUCUAUUUUUAUGUCACGUUUCGCCUCACAGGUGCUAAUUACCGUGUGUGACUCAUUUGCAUAUCCCGGGAAAAAAAAACUCGUUUCACAAGUUAAAAAAUAGCUUUUAAAUACUGGGACGACAUGACCCAACGAAAAUCUUCGAUUCAAUUUCUUUUAUAAUCUCCUAUUUGCACUUCACCCAACUUAUCGAUCUCGUUUCGCAGCCAAUUAAAGACACGUUCGAGUCGUAUUCCAGGUUCAUGUGCAGGCCUAGAUUGCCCAGUUCCAGGAUCUAUAUAUAGCUAGAUUCCUAAAAAUACGCACUUGUUGGAUCGUUAACAAGGGUUUUUUUCCAUUUUUACCAUUCGUUUACAGAAAGGAUGUUUCCGCUGUAAAUAUUGCUAAAGCAGACCGUAUAAUCAAGGAAGUUGAAAACAGGUUGCUUCCUCAGUGUAAAAAAAGAUUCGAGGCAAAUUUCCUUAUUGCAAAGGCAGAUUCCUCCAUUCGCAAGGCGCUGCAACGGGAUACAGAAUUUACAGAACAAGAAAGAGUUGCAUACUUAAGAGAAGGUAAACUGUUUGCCUUACGUUGUACGACAGGUCCAACAAAUAGAUAGAUGAAUCAUGACAUGCCCAUGCAUAGCGUUGCUUCACAUGAAAUCAAAUCACAUCAUGUGCAGGAAAUAUCAAAUGGCUGCACUGAGAUACGAAGUGUCAUUGAUACAUCGAUUUCAUUGGAGACAGUACAAAUGCUCGGCAUACUCGACAUACUCGUUUCCCACGCACGGCCAUUUAUAAGCUUUUGAGUGGUCCACUGUGAAAUAUCUUAUGGGAGGCAAGUGGGAUAUCGUACUGUAUACACAGCAAAGUUUUGCAUGACUAUGCCGCGCCACAUACACGUAUUAUAUGACCUCUUGGUAGAAAUCAUUAGGAAUCCCUUUGAAGUAGUUUUUUUCUUUCUACGUUUCUUUAGACGUAUUUCUCUCCUUUCCUUCAUGUUGCAAAUUGCUAAAAAUGCACUUUAUAUAUGAAGCUAUUCUCAUCCAUAACCUGAAUAAAACUUGAAAAGGUGCAUUAUAACGGAAGGUUGGGUGUUACAUUAUAUACAUAAUAUAUGUGUGAUAUCAUGAAUUACUAUAUUUCCAUGGACUUUAUUUCCUAUAGCAAGGUUAAAGGCGUUGAAUGUCAUCAAAAGAGUGAACAUGAUAAUUCUAAUCUUACUCUUCCUUAAUCGAUAGCUGAGAACGUUCUCAAUCAAGCAGAACAAAUAUCCAGAGAUCUUAAAAUGCAAAACGAAAUACAGGGAAUAAAUGACAGAAGGCAUAACAUCCAAAUUCUUCUUCACCGAGGCUUCUGGCUCCAACCAAGACCGGGCCAAGUGCAGCCGCAACGAAGGCCUGAAGAGAGGAACACAGAUGAUAUUGAUGAUCUACUGGAUAAUUUGCUUCUAGAAGAGGAAGGAGGCAACAGACGAUGA